CCCAAAUCCUAGAGAGGCCGCCCGGGAAGGGGGCGGGGCCUUCCUUGUUGCUCGGAGGGCAGCCGCUCUUUCCAACUGCACAGUGCUGUCUGUCUCUCCCCAAUACCCACCAUCUGCAGGGAAAGGCCUCUCUUCAUAGCCAAGUAAAGAAAUACAUUUUUUUCAACUGUGAGGCAGCCCAGUCAAAGGGGAAAGAGAUGGCAGAGCAGGACCCAGAAGAACCUGGACCUGGCAAGAGAGGAAAGAAAGGCCCCCAUCCCAUCCAAGCUGGGAGUGGUGUUGAAUUUUGGGAGACAGUGGUGCCCGACCUCUUGGAUCAGGAGCCUGUGAACACAGAAGAACUUUGCCGACACUUUCGGCACUUCCGCUACUGUGAUGCUGAUGGGCCCCGAGAGGUUUGCAGCCAGCUCUAUGGACUUUGUAACCACUGGCUGAAGCCAGAGAGGCACUCCAAGAAGGAGGUCCUGGACCUGGUGGUCCUGGAGCAGUUUCUGACCAUCCUGCCCCAAGAAAUGCAGGGCUGGGUCAGAGGAUGCAGUCCAGAGACCAGUUCCCAGGCAGUGACCCUGACUGAAGGGUUCCUCCUGAGUCAGGCAGAGGAGAAAAGGCAGGCAGAACAGAUGUGGGGUCCAUCUGUGAAAAUGGAGGAAGGGUGGCAUGACCAGGGUCAGGAGCAUGUCCAAGAUGCCCUCUUGCAUGGUAAUGAAGACAUAGUGUCAUUCCAUUCUCUUUGCGUAGGUGUGGAAACAGCAGCUGCUCUUCCAGUCCAGUCUGCAGUUUCCUUUGAGGAGGUGGCUGUGUAUUUCACGGAGUCAGAGUGGGCCCUGCUAGAUCCAAACCAAAGAGCUCUCUGCAGGGAAGUCAUGUUGGAGAAUUACAGCAGUGUGGCCUGUCUGGCAGGAAAUGAGCAGUGGAAUAAGAAGGACGAGGAAGUUCUUCAGCUAUUGCCAGGUAAAAUCAAGAAGGGAGAUUUGAAAGGAAGCAUCAAGAAUCAAGACAGAUUGAAAAGGCAGAAAAGAAGUCAUGUGGUCAGGAAGAGGGAUAAACGCAUUCCUGACCAAGGGCAGGAAUUCUGUGGUCUAAUUCACAUGGUGGACGAAGCAUAUAAGUGCUUGGUAUGUGGAAUGAACUUCUCCGUUAAAACUCAAUAUGAGAUCCAUUUGCAAAUGCACAAUGGAAAGAAGACCCAUCGAUGCUUGCAGUGUGGAAAAGGGUUCCUUUGCAGAGCGGAAUUCUUUAGGCAUCAAAGAACACAUACAGAAGAGAAACCUUAUAGCUGCUCAGACUGUGGCAAAAGCUUCUCAAAAAAAUCAGACUUUCUUCACCACCAAAGGAUUCAUAGAAGAGAGAAGCCAUUCAUUGGCAGGGAGAUUGGAAUGACCCUCUCUAGAGGAAGAAUAGGUAAAUUACAUUUUCUGAAUCACAAUAUCAUGAACACACAUAAAUGCUUUCAGUGUGCAAAGUACUUCAAAUGCAGAUCAUUGCUCCUUCUGCACCAAACAAUACACACAGGGGAAAAGCCUUUUCCUUGCUCACAGUGUGACAAGAGACUCAGUCUAAAUGGCAUUCAACAGCAUCAAAGAACUCACACAGGAGAAAAGCCUUUUCAGUGCUCAGAGUGUGGAAAGAGAUUCAGUCAGACAGGACAUCUUCAACAGCAUGAAAGAACUAAUACAGAGGAAACACCUUUUGCAUUCUCAGGGUGUGGAAAGGGAUUCGAUCGUAGUGGCAGUCUUCAACUGCAUCAAAGGACCUACACGGGGGAAAAACCUUUUCAGUGCUCAGUGUGUGGAAAGAGAUUCAGGAGGAGAGGACAUGUUCAACAGCAUCAAAGAACCCACACAGGGGAAAAACCUUUUGCAUGCUCAGAAUGUGGAAAAAGAUUCAAUCACAGUGGCAGUCUUCAACUGCAUCAAAGAACCCACACAGGGGAAAAACCUUUUCAGUGCUCAGAGUGUGGAAAGCGAUUCAGUCAUAUUGGUAAUCUUCAGAAUCAUCAAAUAACCCACACAGGGGAGAAACCAUUUGAAUGCUUAGAGUGUGCAAAGAGAUUCAGUCUAAAGAGUAGUCUUCAAAAACAUCAAAGAACCCACACAGGGGAGAAACCUUUUAAAUGCACAGAGUGUGGAAAGAGAUUCAGUUGGGAUAGCGCCUUUCGAUAUCACAUAAGAACUCACACAAAUGACAAACCUUUUGAAUGCUCAGGGUGUGGGAAAAGAUUUCGUCAUAGUGGGAAUCUUCAACAGCAUCAAAGAACCCACACAGGGGAGAAACCUUUUGAAUGCUCAGAGUGUGGAAAGAGAUUCAGUCAGAGUAGCAAUCUUGUACGGCACUUAACAAUCCAUACAAAGGAGAGGCCCUUUGAGUGCCCAGAGUGUGGAAAAAGUUUCAGUCACAAUAGCACUCUUCAACAGCAUCAAAUAAUCCACACAGGAGAAAAACCAUUUGAAUGCUCAGAGUGUGGAAAGAGAUUUAGUCAGAGUACCGGACUUCGAAACCAUCAAAGAACUCACACAAAGGAGAGACCUUUUGGAUGCUCAGAAUGUGGAAAGAAAUUCAGAUGCAGUGGCCAUCUCCAAGAGCAUUUGAGAACACACACAGGUGAAAAACCCUUUGAAUGCUCAGAAUGUGGUAAGAGAUUCUGUACAAGUGGCAGUCUUCAAAUGCAUCAAAGAUCCCACACAGGAGAGAAACCUUUUGAAUGCUCUGAAUGUGGAAAGAGAUUCAGUCAGACAGGACAUCUUCAUCAGCAUCAAAGAACCCACACAGGGGAAAAACCCUUUGAAUGCUCAGAAUGUGGUAAUAGAUUUAGUCAGCGAGGCAGUCUUCAAAUGCAUCAAAGAUCUCACACAGGACAGAAACCUUUUGAAUGUUCCGAAUGUGGAAAGAGAUUCGGUCAGAGUAGCGGUCUUCAAGACCAUCUAAAGACCCAUACAGGGGAAAAACCUUUUCAAUGCUCAGAGUGUGGAAAGAGAUUCAGUAACAGAGGACAUCUUCAACAGCAUCAAAGAACCCACACAGUGGAAAAACCUUUUGAAUGCUCAGAGUGUGGAAAGAGAUUUAGUCUCAGAAGCAGUCUUCAGCAGCAUCUAAGAACUCACACAGGGGAAAAACCUUUUGAAUGCUCAGAGUGUGGAAAGAGAUUCAGUAUUAGAAGCACUCUUCAGCAGCAUCAAAGAACCCACACAGGGGAAAAACCUUUUGAAUGCUCAGAGUGUGGAAAGAAAUUCAAUCACAGAAGUAGUUUUCAACAGCAUCAAAGAACCCACUCAGGGGAGAAACCUUUUGAAUGCUCAGUGUGUGGAAAGGGAUUCAGUUGCAGUGGACAUCUUCAACGGCAUGAAAGAAUCCACACAGGGGAGAAACCAUUUGAAUGCUAUGAGUGUGGUAAGAGAUUCAAUAGCAGUGAUAGUCUUCAAAUUCAUCUAAGAACCCACACAGGGGAGAAACCUUUUGAAUGUUCAGUGUGUGGAAAGAGAUUCAUUCACAGCGGCAAUCUUCAAAAACAUUUUAGAAUCCACACAAGGGAGAAACCUUUUGAAUGCUUGGCAUGUGGGAAGAGAUUCAGUCAAAGUAACAGCCUUCAAUCACAUGAAAGAACCCACACGAGGCAGUAAUAUUUGAAAUGCCCAGCAUGUGGAAAAAGAUUCAGUUACCAUAACAGUUUUUAGACACAUGAAAGAACCCAUGCUGGAGAGGAAGCUUUGAAUUCUUAGAGUGCAGAUAGAGAUUCAGUAAAAGUAGCAAGUCUUACCCCAUAUGUCCGUCUUACCCCAUAUGUCCCAAACCGAUCUCUGUGUUCGGCAGAGACAACUUACUGGUGAUCCCUGGCCCCUCAAUGAUACGG